CAGAGGUGGUGGUUGUGCAUAUACAAUCCAAAAUGUCUGGUUUUCAAGGUGUCGUUGUUUCUGAUCCAUUCCUUCAAAGCCAGUUUACGCAAGUCGAACUCCGAACCCUCAAGUCCAAAUUUCUGUCAUGUAGGAAUCAAUCUGGUAAAGCCACAUUAGGAGACUUACCUCCAAUGGUGGUGACUCUAAAAGGCGUAAAUGAAGUGUUUAAUGAGGAUCAGGUUAAGAGUAUCUUUCUUGAAACCUCUCCUGAUCUCAGCCAAGAAGUUGAUUUUGAAUCCUUCCUUCAGAUAUAUGUAAAGUUGAAAUCUAGAGCAUCGAGUAAAUUGGGUGGACCAAAAUUAAAAGGUUCAACUUCAUUUCUAAAGGCUUCCACCACCACUAAUCGCCACAUGAUUAGUGAAAGUGAGAAAGCCUCUUAUGUUGCCCAUAUUAACAACUUCCUUGGAGAAGAUCCCUUCUUGAAGGAAUUUCUUCCAUUGAAUCCUGCUGAUAAUUCUUUAUUUGAUCUUGCAAGCGAUGGAGUUCUUCUCUGUAAGCUCAUCAAUAUAGCAGUUCCUGGCACAAUAGAUGAACGAGCAAUUAAUACUAAAAAGGUCCUUAAUCCAUGGGAGAGGAAUGAGAAUCAUACACUUUGCCUCAAUUCUGCUAAGGCUAUAGGAUGUACUGUUGUCAAUAUUGGCACGCAAGACAUUAUUGAAGGAAGAACUCAUCUUGUAAUGGGGAUCAUUUCUCAAAUUAUUAAGAUUCAAAUGUUGGCUACCCUCAACUUGAGAAAAACACCUCAGCUGGUGGCAUUGGUCGAUGACAGCAAGGACAUGGAAGAACUCAUGGCAUUGCCUCCUGAAAAGGUUCUGCUGAAGUGGAUGAAUUUCCAGCUGAAGAAAGCAGGAUACGAAAAAGAGGUUACAAAUUUUUCAUCUGAUCUGAAGGAUGGUGAAGCUUAUGUGCAUCUGCUUAAUGUUCUUGCCCCGGAACUUGGAAAUGCUGGUAUGAUGGAAGUGAAGGAUCCUUCACAAAGAGCAGAUAUGGUACUUGCUCAGGCAGAUAAACUGAAUUGCAAGAGAUAUAUAUCCUCCAAGGACAUUGUUGAGGGUUCUACAAAUCUAAAUCUUGCAUUUGUUGCACAAAUAUUCGAGCAGAGGAAUGGGUUGUCAGUUGAUACUGAAAAGAGUAGUCCUUUCGCUGAGAUGAUCAUGGAUGAUGAUCAAACAUCAAGGGAAGAAAGAGUUUUUCGGCUGUGGAUUAACAGCCUUGGAAUUGAAUCUUACGUCAAUAAUUUGUUUGAGGAUGUCAGGAACGGAUGGGUGCUAUUGGAAGUUCUUGACAAAAUUUCCCCAGGUACAGUCAUAUGGAAGCAAGCAUCGAAACCGCCUAUCAAGAUGCCUUUCAGAAAAGUUGAGAACUGCAAUCAAGUUAUAAAUAUUGGAAAAGAUUUAAAUCUGUCUCUUGUAAAUGUAGCUGGGAAUGAUAUAGUUCAAGGCAAUAAGAAGCUCAUAGUAGCUUUUUUGUGGCAGUUGAUGAGGUUUAUGGUUCUCCGACUGUUGAAGAAUUUGAGGUCAUUCUCUCAAGGAAAGGAGAUAACAGAUACCGACAUUAUCCUCUGGGCAAACAACAAAGUGAAGCGUUCAGGCAGAAAAACUCAAAUGGAAAGUUUUAAGGACAAGAGUCUUUCCAAUGGAAUUUUCUUUCUAGAGCUUCUCACUGCUGUGGAGCCAAGGGUUGUCAACUGGACAGUUAUUACCAAAGGGGAGGAUGACGAGGACAAGAAGCUAAACGCAACAUACAUAAUAAGUGUGGCUCGAAAGCUCGGUUGCUCUGUUUUCUUGUUGCCUGAAGACAUAAUGGAGGUGAACCAGAAGAUGAUUCUAACUUUAGCAGCAAGCAUUAUGUACUGGAGCCUGCUGAACAAAGGGGCAGACCCAGAACCAAUACCUUCUUCUUCAGUCGAAGCAGAUGCCGAAGAGGAGACAGUCCCAGCUAGUGUAGAGAAUGAAGAUCCUCCUCCUAAUGAUGAGGAACCACCAGCAGAAUGAAUGGCAUGGAUGGAUAGUUUUACAAAAGAUUCAUUGAUUUCUUUCAAGAUCAAGGGAUUUGGUUAAAGUGUUCUUUCAUCUUAAUUAAUUAUGCCAAUAUAUAUAUAGUAGGAAAAGUUUUGUUCAAGUUUUAAGUUAAGAGUUCUUUCUUUUUGCAUUCUUUUCAUCAAAAUACCAUGUUUCAUUUUGAUGAGUAGUUGUAGCAUGCAAUAAUGUAUAAAUCAUAUAAUUUAUGUUUACAUUCUUUAGUG